AGGCAUCAGGAAUUUGUCCGGCUGUAACAUGCCAUCUCGUACGGAGUUGUAUAUAGCAUUAUAAAUUUCCCUGAAGGUCGUGUAGGGAUCUUGACAUGCCCAUGACCGAUAUCAAGUUCGCUUCCGCUACCCACGGGCACAUUUGUUGCAGAACACAUACAAAGCCCACGGUUUCGUUCAUGACAAAGCGGCUCCACGAGCAAACGAGCGGUUGUAGCACACACUUUUUGAAGCAUGGCCAACUCAAAGGAGCCUGAUCGUUGUGGUACCUCCACAUUCGCGCUCUCGAAUCGUCCAAGAGCUACAAGAGCCAUGGUGGCCAAGGUCCGCACAGGCUGCGUUACCUGCAAGAGACGCCACGUUAAAUGCGACGAGGGUAAACCUGGAUGCCAGCGCUGCAUCAAGUGGCAGGGACAUUGCGACGGGUACGAAGAUACGCGAGCGCAAACCAAGUCAUCCGACGUGCCGAAGCGGAAGAAGCCGCGGACUGCGUCGCCCGAGAAUAAGAGCGAGAAGCUCAGAUUACCGCGGUGGUUCCGUCCCCUGGCUGGGGAAAGCAGAAAGUUGGUCACCCAGGCCCAGGAUGUGUGCGUCGGAUAUUCGACCCCUGGCGUGGACAGUUCGAGAGACAGUCUGCCCCAACAAAGGAGCCCCGGUUGCAGCAGCUCCGAGGGCAGCUUCGAGAGUGGGUUCUGGCAGACUGUGGUCCCGAAGCUGCUACGAAGCAGCACCUCCGUCUGGUACUCCAACCUCGCCAUACACGCGCUCAUAGACUCAAAACAGCCCAGCUGGGGGGACGAGGGCGAUGAGCACGCGAAUGCCUGCUACCGGCGAGCGCUGAGGUACCACGGUCUGGCUCUGAGCCAGCUGCGCAACGAGGCCAAGAGUGGAGGCGACCUUGAGUGUGCCACUCUCUGCUGCUUCUUCUUCAUCAUUUUUGAGAUGAUGCACGGGGAUGACAAGAGUGCGCAGGCGCACAUGUACAAUGGGUGUCAGAUGCUCGGUGAACUGCGCGGGAACUCCCAAGGCCAGACACUGACGCACGCUGAUGUCGAUGCCAUGCUACACGGCGAGCUGCAGAACGGUCUCCGAUUCAUCGCAGGGCAAAUCACUGGCCCAAGCCAGGACCGGUUCACCAACAGCCCGUCGCUCGGAUACGCGAGCUUCCGCGCUCUGAGCGUGACAAGCAGCGAGACUGGCAGUGGUUUCUGAAGCGCUAGAAUGUGGUGUUGAUUUGCAGGUCGAGGUCAAGGUCGACUUUGCAGGCGAGCUUGAUUGAAGCACGGUUUGCAAAGGAUGGAGGACGGAGAAUUGUUGAUGGACUGAAGGAUUGCCUUCGGCAUUGAAAGUCCGAAGAGGCCGGGG